UCACGUCUGUUGUCCUGUCCACAUUGUCCGCAUCCAGUGAAGCGGUGGACGCGGGGAUCUCCUCUCUGUCCACGGUUCUAAGAGGACACACACGUGAGGUGUCGCGGCUCUAUCCACGGAAGCGUGUCCUUGACGUGUUCCAUCAUCCCUCGUCUCAGAUCGAUCGCGUGUCGAUGCCCUGUCGUGUCCCCGGACAGACUCAGUGGACAUGUCUUCGAGUAAACAGAACUUGACCGCUUCAUCGCUCACCAUUUCGGACCAAGAUGUCCAUUUAGGUAUAAAAGAUCCAAAGAAGGGCUCUGGGUCAAAGCGUCUGUACUGUCUUUUGGUCCUAGCCCUCGCCGCCAUUAUAGCGGUGUCAGUGGCCCUGGCUGUUGUCGUCAUCCGGGCGGAAAAAGAUGACGACACUCCAUCUGCAGAAUCCAAAACUGGAGCCGACAAACAGCAUCCGGGUACCUCAAAUCCAGACAUAAUAACCACAACUAGAGAGGUCUGUAACUCACCGGAAUGUGUGCGAGCAGCAUCAAGUUUAAUCGACUCUAUCGACACCUCAGUAGAGCCAUGUAACGAUUUCUUCCAGUACGCAUGCGGGUUAUACCGGAAGAAGCAGGUGAUCCCGGAAGAUAAAUCCAUCACCGGCGUGUUCUACCAGGUGGAUGAUUCCGUCGACAUCAUACUCAAAUAUUUACUUGAGAAAGAUAACGGUGAUCAAGACAUUGAAUCAGUGAAAAAAGCCAAGACGUUGUACAAGUCGUGUGUGGACUUAGAGUCUUUGGAAAAAGACAAUUUAACAUCAGCCCGGAAGUUAAUACAAGAUCUCGGAGGUUGGCCGGUGACGGAAGAGAAUUGGGAUAUGAACACGUUUGAUCUGACGAAACUUCUAACGAUGAUGAGGCUGUAUACAAAUAGUCCGCCUCUUAUGGACAUGUAUGUUUAUGAUGACUCCAAAAACCCAACGAAGAACAUCUUAUAUAUUGACCAGCCUGCUUUAGGACUUCCAGAUAGGGACUAUUUCCUGAAGGGUAGGGAUGACCAUAAACUGAAGGCGUAUGAAACAUAUGCCACAAAAAUGGCCGUUAUCUUUGGUGCUGAUCCUACAACCGCCGAAAACGACAUGAAAGAAAUAGUGGACUUUGAGAUAGACGUGGCAAAUGCUACAAUGCCUUCAGACGAGAGGAGAGAUGAUGAGAAACUCUACAACAAAAUGACGAUAUCAGAACUACAAGCUAAAUAUCCAAAUUUUGAGUGGGUACAAUAUUUCACAGCAACUCUUGGACGGAAAGACCUGAAUAUUACUGUUGAUUCGUCUACUCCCGUUAUUAAUAGAAACCCCGAUUAUAUGUCCAGAAUUGUAAAUGCACUCGCUAAUGAAGACAAAAGGAUGCUACAGAACUACGUCGUAUGGCGUGCCCUGAAGUUGAUGGUUAGUUCAAUGCCUAAAAUUGUUCGAGAAAUAUAUGGUGAUUACAGAGAGGCGUUGACGGGGUCAGCGGUUCAACCCCCUCGCUGGAAGACUUGCGUGGGUGUGGCCAACAGCAUUGUGGGGUUAGCCGUUGGGAAACCUUUCUUGGAAGAAACGUUCGACAGCAAAGCCAAAUCCAAGGCAGAUGAGAUGAUAGAGAACUUAAGGUCAGCCAUGAAAGAUUUAUUAGCACGAAACGAAUGGAUGGAUGCUGAGACCAAAAGAAAAGCUAGAGAAAAGGCGGAUCAAAUACACCCAAGAAUAGGUUACCCACCGGAAGUGAAAAAUGACACAUUCCUGAAUGAGAGAUAUAAAGACUACAAAUUCACUGCGGACAAUUACUUUACAAACACCCUAAACUACCUGAAGCUGGGAACCAAAGAGAAUUUAGAAAUCCUCCCCAAACCCGUGGAUAGGAAUAAAUGGGAGACUCCUCCAGCAACGGUCAAUGCAUACUACAAUCCAGCAAGAAAUCAAAUAAUGUUUCCAGCCGGAAUCCUACAACCGCCAUUCUACAAAAGUGGUUACCCUCAGUACCUUAAUUAUGGAGGGAUAGGUUACGUCAUAGGUCAUGAGAUGACGCAUGGUUUUGACGAUAGUGGCCGACAGUAUGAUGGGUUCGGAAAUCUAAAACAGUGGUGGAGCAACACUUCCAUUACAAACUUUAAAUCGAAGGCGGACUGUAUGACAGAUCAGUACAGUGGAUAUACUGUAGAGGAGGCCGAUAAAAAGUUAAAUGGUAAACUUACCCUUGGUGAGAACAUUGCUGACAAUGGCGGACUAAAGGAGAGCUGGAUGGCAUAUCAGAAAUGGUUGAAGAAGGCUAGAGAUGGAAAACCAGAACCUCACCUCCCAGGAUUAGAGUAUACACCUAAACAACUCUUCUUCUUAAAUGCUGCUCACGUAUGGUGUGGUUUGGUGAGACCAGAAGAGGCUUUAAGACGAAUUCUGGUUGACCCUCAUGGAAAUUUUAAAUCAAGGGUCGUGGGUCCGUUACAAAAUAAUGAGGAGUUCAGUGAAGCUUUUAACUGUAAGCCUGGAAGUUUCAUGAACCCGAGAAAGAAAUGUAUCGUGUGGUGAUCUGAUUACUUUUUGUAAUAGAUAAGAAUUCCAUACAAAUUGUGAUAUGUCCAUCAAAACUUUCUUUGAUUAAUGUUUAGGAGUAAAUUAUGUAGAUGUGCAUUUAGAUUUCACGUGUUUGUUAUUAUCUGUUGCUCAUUCAAUGACCUCUUUUUGUAAUUAUAUAUUUUUAUACCAAUCAUAUUUUUUUUAUCAUUUACAUAAUAUGUACAUUACAUUUUUCCUAUUAUGGUAUUAAACAGAGUUUUAAAUGAA